UUCAGUCCGCCCCUGGUGCCGUUACCACCGGUGCUGGUGCACCCAUCGGUGUCAAGGAUGCCACCAUGACCGUUGGUCCCCGUGGCCCUGUCCUCUUGCAAGAUGUCAACUUCCUCGAUGAAAUGGCCCACUUCGAUCGUGAACGCAUCCCCGAACGUGUUGUCCAUGCCAAGGGUGCUGGUGCCUUUGGCUACUUCGAAGUUACCAACGACAUCACUAAAUAUUGUGCCGCUAAAGUUUUCGAAAAGGUGGGCAAACGCACUCCCGUAGCCGUACGUUUCUCCACCGUCGGUGGUGAAAGCGGCUCUGCCGAUACCGCCCGUGAUCCCCGUGGCUUUGCUGUAAAAUUCUACACCGAUGAUGGUGUCUGGGAUUUGGUUGGCAACAACACCCCCAUUUUCUUCAUCCGCGAUCCCAUCCUAUUCCCCAGCUUCAUUCACACCCAAAAACGCAAUCCCCAGACCCACUUGAAGGAUCCCGAUAUGUUCUGGGAUUUCAUCUCGUUGCGUCCCGAAACCACUCACCAAGUCAGCUUCUUGUUCAGUGACCGUGGCACCCCCGAUGGCUAUCGUUACAUGCACGGCUAUGGCUCGCACACCUUCAAGAUGAUCAAUGCCAAGGGCGAACCCAUCUACUGUAAAUUCCACUUCCGUUCGGAUCAGGGCAUUAAGAAUUUGGAUGCCAAGAAGGCCGAUGAAUUGGCUGGCUCCGAUCCCGAUUACUCCAUUCGUGAUUUGUACAAUGCCAUCAAGGAGGGCAACUUCCCCAGCUGGUCGUUGAAGAUCCAGGUUAUGACCUUCGAACAGGCCAAAACCUUCAAAUACAAUCCAUUCGAUGUGACCAAGGUUUGGCCACACAGUGAAUUCCCCCUCAUCGAUGUGGGACGCAUGACCUUGGAUCGCAACCCCACCAACUACUUUGCCGAAGUCGAGCAGAUCGCCUUCAGCCCGGCUCAUUUGGUGCCCGGCAUUGAACCCUCCCCCGACAAGAUGUUGCAGGGUCGUCUCUUCUCUUACUCCGAUACCCAUCGUCAUCGUUUGGGUCCCAAUUACUUGCAAAUCCCUGUCAACUGCCCCUACCGUGUGGCCGUUAAGAACUAUCAACGUGAUGGCCCUAUGACCGUUACCGAUAAUCAAGGUGGUGCUCCCAACUACUAUCCCAACUCGUUCUCUGGCCCCGAGACAUGCCCACGUGCCCGUAGCUUGGAAUCGAAAUGUCCCGUUUCGGGUGAUGUUUAUCGUUACAGCAGUGGUGAUACUGAGGAUAACUUCAGCCAGGUCACCGAUUUCUGGGUACGUGUUUUGGAUGAUGCUGCACGCAAGCGGUUGGUCAACAACAUUGCCGGCCACUUGGCCAAUGCCAGUCAAUUUAUUCAGGAACGUGCUGUCAAGAACUUUACCAAUGUCCAUCCCGAUUUUGGUCGUAUGUUGACGGAGCAAUUGAAAUUGGUUAAAUCGGCUAAGAUGUAAA